ACCGUUCAGUCAUCUCAGUCUGCUCAGACUCAGACAUCAUGAAGACAGCAGGGACCCUCCUUGCUCUCUCACUCUUCCACCUCUGCUCCUCAAUCCCCAUCAGCCGCCCCACCAACUGGCUCAGACAAUGUCGAGAGUCCACCAACACCUCCAUCACCGCUCUGGAGGUGCUGCCCGGCGGAGGCUGGGACAACCUGCGUAACAUGGACAUGGGCCGAGUCAUGAACAUGAGCUACUUCCAGUGCCAGACCACCGAGGACGGGAUCUACCUCAUCCCAGAUGAGGUGUUUGUCAUCCCCCACAAAGAGACGGGCGUGGAGACAAACUCAGAGAUAAUCAGCUCCUGGCUGGACCAGAAGAGCUCAACAUCUUACUCCAUCAAUGCUGAUGUGUCGUUUCUCUCGCUGCUGAAUGGAAAAUUUUCUACAGAGAACCAAAGAAUGAAAACCCAUCAGGUCAAAGACUCUUCAACCACAGCCAGAGUGCAGGUUCGUAACCUGAUCUACACAGUAAAGGCUUAUCCAGACUUCACUCUCGACACACGCUUCGCACAACAGGCCAAAGAGAUCGCCAGCGCCAUUGAGAACAACCAAACAAGACAUGCAGACUACCUCUCGGAGAAGAUGGUUCUGGAUUAUGGGACCCAUGUAAUCACGAGUGUUGAUGCCGGGGCUGCUUUGGUUCAGGAAGACUACCUCCGCUCCUCAUAUGUGUCGGACAGUACGUCAGACAGUUCAGGCAUCAAAGCACAGGCAGGGUUAAACUUCUUUGACAAACUCAAGUUUGACAUAAGCAGUCAAAGCAGCCAACAGAGCUCCUCACUUUCAACAUACCAGUCCAAUAUCCAGUACUCUCUCAUCCAAAGCCAGGGUGGCAUUCCUUUCUAUCCUGGCAUCACUCUGCAGAAGUGGCAGGAAAGCACCAAGAACAACCUGGUUGCUAUUGAUCGCUCUGGAUUUCCUCUGCACUUCUUCAUAAACACCAACACCCUCCCGGAUCUGCCACAGCCCACCAUUGGGAAAGUUGCUCUCACAUUAAGUCAGGCCAUAGAGCGAUACUACAAGGUCAACAUGAGGCCAGGAUGUGUGGAUGUUGACUCCCAGAACUACAACUUCCAAGCCAAUGUAAAUGAUUCAUCCUGCGAGGGUCCUGCUACAAACCUCAGCUUUGGUGGAGUCUACCAAGAGUGUGUUCCAAUCAGCGCAGAUGCAGGCCCUCUAUGUGACACCCUUGCUCAGAAAAACCUAGACACUGGUGAUUUCUCCUGCCGUCCUCCUUACACCCGCACUUUACUGAGAUCAGAAGCGAGACAGCAGGGUUACACUUCAUACGACUGCCAUGACGAAUCACAUCAUUGUGGGUUUUUAGGGCUUAAACAUUGUCAUCGCCAAGUGUGUCAGGACAACUACCAUGUUCGCUCUGCAAACAUUAACACCUACUGGUGCUCUGUGAAUGGAAAGGCCCCAGAAAACUCAGGGUAUCUGUUUGGAGGGAUUUACAGCCCCUCUCUCCUGAACCCUCUCACCAAUGCCAAAAGCUGCCCACAAAGCUUCAUCCCAGUCAAGUUUCUCUCAGAUGGACAGGUGAUCUGUCUGAGCAAUGACUACGAGGCUGGCAGCAGAUUCGCAGUGCCGUUUGGAGGCCUCUUUAGUUGUCAGUCAAGCAACCCACUAGCUAACUCCCAACGUCGCUGCCCUCCCAAGUUCAGUCAGCAUCUCGCCUCAGUGAGCGAUGGCUGUGAAAUCCUUUACUGUGUCCAGUCAAAGGCAUUCACAGAAGGGCAGCUGCUUCCUGUUCAUCUGCCUCCGUUCACUAAACAUUCACUUGUCAGCAUGCAAGCCACAAAUACGGUGAUGGUGAUGACUGAAGGAGAUAAGAGCUGGGUCAGAAUAGGGCAGACCAAGUCAUGGAAACUGGUGAAACCAGAGGAAAUCAAGAAAAUCAUACAAGAGAUCAACCCUGAAUUGAAUGGGAUGUCUAGUGGAGAGAAGGCUGGAGUAGCGUUUGGGGUGAUUGGGAUGAUGGUGCUGGUGGUGGUGGCAGUAGUCCUGGUGAAGAGGAGGAGGGGGCUGUCUGGGUUUAGGGCAGCUAGAGGCUAUCAAGAAAUACGUGGAGGAGCUGAACAGCAUGAGGAGGAGAGAGUGAUAUUGGAAGAUGAGUCUUGAGAAUAAAAGGAGAGGAUAGAAGCUCAGAUAUGAGGAAAGUAGAGAUGUAGCAACACACUUGAUUCACGGUACAAUACCCCUGAUAGACUGGCUACUCGAUUUAUCACAUUUUUGAAUGUUCAGAAAGAAAUAGUAUUAAAGUCUGUUUAUAAGUAAAUGUGGUUCUCUUACUUCAAUUCUGACAAAAAAAGCAAAAUAUGCACAAUCCUCUUUUUCUAUGUAAAUAUAAGGCAUUCUUUUACUCAUAUAGAUUUUAUAGUUCCUAAAAUAUUUUUCUGCACAGUAUCAUUACUACAAAGGAAUAUUUUUUCAAAUAUCUUUGUCAGCUCUUACUUUUGGACCAUUACUAAUGAUCAUUCAUGAGUGAAGAAUGUCCACAUUUUUGAGGGCUCCCUGAGGGCAUCGCAUUAACCCUGUUUUUGUUUCUUUUUUCUUUUUUAAAUAACAGUUUCAUGUUGUUCAUGUAAAUAUUCUGACAAGCUUUUGGAUUUUUUUUAUAGACAAAUGUUUACAACCAUUUCUCAGUUCAAUCAAACUCUGAGCCUAAAUAUUGUUUGUGUUCUAAAAGCAAUCUGUAAUUCAUUUGAACCCAAAUGCCCCAUAGCCCAAUAUAUAUUGGAAAAAUUAAGGAAACACUGCCCCCAAGAGGCUGGGAUGAAUUAUGCCAUGCAGUUCUUUUUAUUCCUUGCUUCUGCAUUUAAAUCUUUUGUCUAAAUAAAUCACUUUCAAAAUGCUUUUACACUUUAAAUGAAUAGUUUGUAUUUUUUUUACAUACUGCUGUCUCUAUCAAAGAAAAUUCAAUGAACUGGAUAAAGGAUUUAUUAUGUUUUGUCCUGAACUUUUUGUGUCAUGCCAUGAAAACUGAGAAAUUCUUAUUUUAAUGCCAUCUUAACCCUUCUCAACUGCACUUUACUUCUUAUUAAAGUUGUGUAAAAACAA